AUGGGCAAGCACAGCCGCUCCCCUUCGCCGUCAGGCAGCGACAGCAGUGAGCACCGCCACAAGCACAAGAGGCACAAACAAAAGAAGGAAAAGCACAAGAAGGAUAAGUCCAAGAAGCAAAAGCGCGCAUCUCCCGACCGCGACAAGGAGCGCCUGGAGGCCGCCAGAGCCUUCUUGCAGCAGGUGCUGAAGCAGGGCGGUGGCGGAGAUGCAGCUGCGGCGGCAGCUGCGGCCGUGUUUGCUGCAGAGAAGCAGGUUGCCAACGCAGCGACAGCGGCGGAUGGGGGCAGCGGCGACAAAGCUAGCGAUAAGGCGGAGCAGAAGCGGCAGCGUCGGCGGCAGGAGCGACCGCCCAAGCCCAAGCCCCCUGGCGUGGGUGACAUCACCGCGGCCGACUACUUUUCACGGGCGGCUGAAUUCACUGCCUGGCUGCAGGAGGACCGUGUGCUGUACUUCAACGAGCUGGGCGGGGACGAGGCGCGCUCGCUGUUCGUCGAGUUUGUCGAGGAUUGGAACGGGGGGCACGGCCUAGUGCUGGCGCCUACCAAGCGCACCACGCACGAGUGGGGCUUCACCGCCAAGGGCGGCGGCGGCAGGGGUGGCAGCAUGUCGGCACUGAUGGCGGAUCAACAGCAGCAGCGGCAUGAGGGACAGCUGGCAGCACGCGAGGCGGAGGGCAGAGAGAAGAGGAAGUGGCGGUCAGAUCAGAAGGACCUUCUGGAUGAGAUGUUGCCCAAGGCCACUGGUCGCGAGGCGCUGGUGGAGAAGCGCAUGGCACGGCGCGAGGCGGCCAAAGCGCGGGAGGACAGCCCUGAGAUGAUGCGCGUCACAGGGGGCGGGGAUGUCAUGGGGGGCGACGACUCCUUCGCGGCAGCCAAGGCCAGGGAGGCGUCCUACAAUGCACGGCGCAACCAGCGCGACUUGGCCAAGCGGGAGCAGCUGACCCAGAAGCUGUCGGCGGCGCAGGAGGCUGAGGCGGCCAAGAUGGCGCAGUUCAGAGCGCUGCUGGCGCACGGCCCCAUCUCCAUACCCAAGCGGCAGUGA